UUUAUUUUAUUGGUUAGGGUUUAAAGGUUCUUCGACUCUUACCUUACCUUACCUAUCUCGAAAGCGGCCCUCAGUCUCUCUAUUCUAGCGAGGCGGUUCUAUCUCUAUUUUUAACGAGGCGAAAAAGUUGUAGGCAGGCUCUCUUAAGUUAGAAUGGCUGGACAAAGAAAUAACUAUGGUAAACGAUCCCACUCUCAAUCUGACUAUUCCGACAAUGGUGGAAGUAAGAGAAGGAAUCCUGGCGAGGAGCGAGAACAAUAUGCUCCGGGGCCAGAUGAUACUGUCUACCGUUACUUGUGUCCUGGGCGGAAGAUAGGAAGCAUCAUCGGGAGGGGUGGCGAGAUUGUUAAGCAAUUGAGGCAGGAGAGCCAAUCCAAGAUCAGGAUUGGCGAGUCUGUGCCGGGCUGUGAGGAGCGCGUUGUAACUAUCUUUAGUUCAAGCCAGGAAACUAAUGCAUUUGAAGAUAGUGGUGACUUUGUUUGCCCGGCCCAGGAUGCUCUUUUCAGGAUACAUGAGAGGCUUGUUGCUGAUGAGGCGGCAGGUGAAGAAGAUGUCGACAUGGGCACUCGUCAAAUUACAGUUCGUCUGCUAGUGCCAUCAGAUCAGAUUGGAUGUGUCAUUGGAAAAGGUGGACAGAUUAUUCAGGGUAUACGAAGUGACACUGGUGCUCAAAUUCGCAUUGUAAAAAAUGAACAUCUUCCUGCUUGUGCCUUGAGCACUGAUGAACUACUCCAGAUAUCUGGUGAAUCUGCAGUUGUAAAGAAGGCUCUGUUCCAACUCGCAUCUCGCCUUCACGAGAAUCCCUCUCGAUCACAGCAUCUGCUUGUUUCUUCCAUGUCCAACAUGUAUCAGCCAGGUGGUGCGUACAUGGGUCCAAAUGCAGGUGGCCCAGUCAUGGGCAUGGCUCCGCUCAUGGGUCCUUAUGGAGGAUACAAAGGAGAUGCGGGAAGUGAAUGGUCCUCACAUUCUUUUUAUCCUGCUCCAAGGGAUGAAAGCUCUGCAAAGGAGUUCUGUCUUCGUUUGGUCUGUCCAACUGCCAAUAUUGGAGGUGUGAUUGGUAAGGGUGGUGUCAUUAUCAAGCAAAUCAGGCAGGAGUCUGGAGCAUUUAUCAAGGUUGAUAGUUCAUCUGCUGAAGGGGAAGACUGUAUCAUAUCUAUCUCAUCAAAGGAGUUCUUUGAAGACCCAAUCUCGCCAACCAUUGAUGCUGCAGUUCGGUUGCAGCCUAGAUGCAGCGAGAAAACUGAAAGGGAAUCUGGUGAACCAUCAUACACGACCCGCCUGCUCGUGCCAACCUCUCGUAUUGGCUGCCUGAUUGGUAAAGGCGGAUCCAUCAUUUCUGAGAUGAGGAGACUCACAAGAGCGAAUAUUCGGAUAUUUUCAAAGGAUAACCUUCCCAAGGUUGCUUCGGAAGAUGAUGAGAUGGUGCAGAUCAGUGGAGACAUUGAUGUUGCUAGGAAUGCACUUGUACAAGUGACCACAAGGUUGAAAGCCAAUUUUUUUGAAAGGGAAGGUGCUUUGUCUACUUUUCCUCCAGUUCUUCCAUACCUUCCCAUGUCUGGAGAUGUUUCCGAUGGCUCAAAAUAUGGAGGCAGAGAUGAUAAAGCACAUGGACGUGGGUACUCUUCUUAUUCUGGUGGAUAUGGUGGUUCAAGUGACGUGCCCCCUUCUGACAGCUAUGGAAGUUAUGGUGGUUCCCAGCGUGGUGGAGGUAGUGGUUAUGGAGCUUAUGGUGGGUACUCAUCUGGCCGUUCUGGUAGUUCUGGGUUAUCUGGUCAGAACCCUGUUUCCCAUGGGAAACAUCAUGGUUAUUAGGAUCCCGAUGAUUAGGGCCUGCAGCUGAGAUCCAUGAAGCCUGGAGCCUGCCUACUGUCUCCUUUGCUGAAGCCUCAUGCCUAUACCAGAAGACCAGAUGAAAAGCGUUUGAGAAACUUGUGGCCCCCCUUGGAAGCUUUGAUUAGGAGGACCAAUGCAACCUGGCCAUGUUAUUCACCGUCCAAUCCCCUCCUGGCCUUGACAUCACAUUUUACCAAGCUUUAAUAUUGUAUGCUCCCAACCGAGGGCCCACAUAGCCAGCCCACCUCUACGCUUGGCAGCAAAUGUACUUUUAGUAGAACUGCAUUUACUUGGAGGUGUUGACUAUAUCUUCUUGCUCUAGGCUCCAUAUUUAGCUUGUAUUAGAUCUCAUCUGUUAGGAGUUAGAUUUUAUCAUUUGUUGGCUGCUAUUAGAAGCUUGUGGACUUCGGGUUUUGGAAUACUGAAAAACUUUGUUUGGAGUCUUAAAAGCAUCAGUUUAACUGAAUUGCAGACAUAAAUGCGUUGUCUUCAGUUUCAUAUGUUUAUCUCAUAGUUAACAGUACCUUGUUUUUCACCAA